GUAGCAGCGUUCAGGAACGAAUGUCAUAAGUCGACCGUUCGUUCCAGAAAAACCGAAAAAGAGCAAAAAAACCGGGCGAAAGGGUGUGACAUUCGAGAAAAGAGAUGUUUUCCUCGAUGAAAACGCUCAUGACCGCGGCGAUCCGGGCCGACCAGAUCAUGGCCCGGUCGUACGCGGCCAAGGCAGCGGCAAAGGCCGCCGCCUCAGCCCAGGGCAAAAUUGUGGCCGUUAUCGGUGCCGUCGUGGAUGUGCAGUUCGACGAGCAGCUGCCGCCCAUCCUGAACGCCCUGGAGGUGCAGGACCGCAGCGCCCGGCUGGUGCUGGAGGUUGCGCAACAUCUCGGCGAAAACACCGUCCGCACGAUUGCCAUGGACGGUACGGAGGGUUUGGUGCGCGGACAGCGCGUGCUCGACACCGGAUCACCCAUCCGUAUUCCGGUGGGUGCUGAAACGCUCGGCCGUAUCAUCAACGUUAUCGGCGAGCCGAUUGAUGAGCGCGGUCCGAUCGACACCAACCUAUCGGCCCCAAUUCACGCCGAGGCUCCCGAGUUCAUCGAGAUGAGCGUCGAGCAGGAGAUUCUGGUGACCGGUAUCAAGGUCGUGGACCUGCUGGCUCCGUACGCGAAGGGCGGUAAGAUUGGCCUGUUCGGCGGUGCCGGUGUCGGCAAGACCGUACUCAUCAUGGAGCUGAUUAACAACGUCGCUAAGGCGCACGGUGGUUACUCCGUAUUCGCCGGCGUCGGUGAACGCACCCGUGAGGGUAACGAUCUGUACAAUGAGAUGAUUGAGGGUGGUGUCAUCUCGCUGAAGGACAAGUCCUCUAAGGUCGCACUGGUGUACGGUCAGAUGAACGAGCCUCCCGGUGCCCGUGCUCGUGUCGCUCUGACUGGACUGACCGUCGCCGAGUACUUCCGUGACCAGGAGGGUCAGGAUGUGCUGCUCUUCAUCGACAACAUUUUCCGUUUCACCCAGGCCGGUUCGGAGGUGUCCGCUCUGCUGGGUCGUAUCCCGUCCGCUGUCGGUUACCAGCCGACCCUGGCCACGGACAUGGGUAGCAUGCAGGAGCGUAUUACCACGACGAAGAAGGGUUCCAUCACGUCCGUGCAGGCCAUCUACGUGCCGGCUGACGAUUUGACCGAUCCGGCUCCGGCUACCACCUUCGCUCACUUGGACGCCACCACUGUGUUGUCGCGUGCCAUCGCCGAAUUGGGUAUCUACCCGGCCGUCGAUCCGCUCGAUUCGACCUCGCGUAUCAUGGACCCGAACAUCAUUGGUGCCGAGCACUACAACAUUGCCCGUGGUGUGCAGAAGAUCCUGCAGGACUACAAGUCGCUCCAGGACAUCAUCGCUAUCCUGGGUAUGGAUGAGUUGUCCGAGGAGGACAAGCUGACGGUCGCGCGCGCUCGCAAGAUCCAGCGCUUCCUGUCGCAGCCCUUCCAGGUGGCCGAAGUGUUCACCGGGCACGCCGGCAAGCUGGUGCCGCUCGAGGAGACCAUCAAGGGUUUCACGAAGAUCCUGAACGGAGAGCUCGACCAUCUGCCCGAGGUCGCCUUCUACAUGGUCGGCCCCAUCGAAGAGGUCGUCGAGAAGGCCGAACGUCUGGCCAAGGAAGCCGCUUAAGCAGCUGCUGUCCUCCUGUCCAGCCGUACAAGCUGCCAUUUUCGAAUUUUGAACGCAACUACGUUCGCUUAACAAAUAGCGGCUUAAAAGAGUAUGGAUUGGCCGUUAGAUUUUACUAGAGAAGAGAACACGUUGACUAGCUCUCCGAAGAACAGUAACAGCAACCUCCACCACGAACACACAUGUAAAUCAUUUGAAUAUUUAAAGGACACCACCGACAAAAGAAGUAAGAAAAGCAAGCGCUCUAACGUGCGUUCCGAGACUGCCAAAAAUCAGUGGAAUGAACUGCACCGCGCGAGGUCCUGCAAUGCACUCCUCCCAAACUACCAUCCUUCGCAGCGGAUCUUGUGCGGAUCACUUCAUUCGGUCGUAAUUGUCGAAAGUCCCUUAGAAUCAUUCGAACAUCAAACGCAAGCACCAAGUUUCAUGAGAUUCAUCACCACCAAUGGUAGCAGCGUGACGGAUGUGCGCCAGCGGAAGUAAUACCACCAUUUCCGGCUAACUGGCGGACGUAUGUGAGAGGGGGUUGUUUUGACUUAGCUUGAAAUACAUGUAAUCGAUAACAGAGUUUGUCGUUUCAAUAAGAUUCCUGUAUUAUUCGGUA